AUGCAGGCCUGCAUUGUGUCUGCCAUUCCUGUUCAAGCGUUGCAAGCCUUGCUCAGUAUGCUACUCCACUCUGCGAAGCAGCAUUGCUGCGGUUGCCAUGCGAGAGAUGUCUUUAAUCGCACGGUCCCUGCCGGAUGUUUCAGCAACCUGCGCAGACCUGCAGCCCAGGGUAGUUCUGUACACAGGUUUCUCUUCAAGACAGCUUUGGCAAGUGAAGAGUCUCAGGCUCCUUGGCCGAAAGGCCCAUCAUUUGCAUCUGCAGAAGUGCAAGGAGGUAUGGCAUCGGGCAUCGCUCGAUCUGAGGGAACUUGUGAGAAGCAAGUUCGACUCCAAAGGCUGAGGGACCACGCUGCUACUUUGGGAGGCAAGUGCUUGGCGGAGGAAUACCUGAACAACAGGACAAAGAUUCUUUGGCGGUGUAUUCGUGGUCACACAUGGUAUGCGACGUCCAACCAUGUGCUGUCUAACAAGUCUUGGUGCCCUCAUUGCGCGAAGAAAGCGCCGAUAGGUCUGGAGCGCCUCCGCACCCAUGCUGCGUCCUUGGGUGGUCAUUGCUUGGCGACUGAGUAUGCCAACAGUCGCCAAAAAGUGUCAUGGCAAUGUAAGUUCGGGCAUGUGUGGGAAGCAAGUCCGAGCAGCGUGCUGAAUCAAAAGAAUUGGUGCCCGAAGUGCGCCUGUUUAGCUCGAAGCAGUCGAGCCAAGCAGCCCAGAGUCCAGCUUAUGUUGCACCAUUUGCAGCAGUAUGCUGUCGCGAAGCAUGGUUUGUGCUUAGCAAAAGAGUAUAUCAACAGCAAAACCAAAGUACUUUGGCAGUGCGAGCUGAAGCAUGAGUGGCAUGCUACUCCAAGCAGCGUGCUGCACACUGGAAGUUGGUGCCCAACUUGUGCUGGCAACGCACGAAAGACCUUGCAGCAGAUGAGAACUCAUGCUGAGGCGCUAGGCGGUCGAUGCCUCAGCACAGACUACUCAAACAACUAUACACCUUUGCGAUGGACCUGCCACUCGGGCCACCAAUGGCUGGCCUCCGCAUUGUCAGUCAUGUCACAUAAAAGCUGGUGUCCACAUUGUGCGAAGAUUGCGCCCAUUGGUCUUAUACGGUUGCAAGCACAUGCUGAAUCCUUAGGUGGAAGCUGCCUAUCAAGGCAGUAUACAAAUAGCAGAAACAUGCUUCUAUGGGAAUGCAAACGGGGACAUGCGUGGAAGGCGUCUGCAAGUAACAUUUUACAUGGUUCAACUUGGUGUCCACAUUGCGCAGCUCUGACCUGGAAGAACGAAUCAGAGGUGCGACAAGUGUUGGAGGCAAUAUUUGCCCCAGCCAAGUUCGAUGCCAGAUUUCCAGCUUUCUUGCAGGGACUACAACUGGAUGGCUACUGCCCAGAAUUGAAUCUUGCAUUCGAAUACCAUGGCGAGCAGCAUUACGACCCCGAAAAUUAUUUCCAUUUCGGGGACCCAUCCAAGUUCCAAAGGCAGCAAGAGAGGGACUCGCGAAAAGUGCAGCUCUGCGACCAAGCCGGGGUACGCCUCGUCGUGGUGCCCUUUUUCGUGAAGGACAAGCACAGUUUUGUACGUCUGGCACUGUUGCAGUGGUUCUCCGUUUCUGAAGUGAACCCGGUCAUGAUCACGAGUGGGAUGAGGUUGACAGACAGCUUAACACCGACGACAACUCCAGUUGAAGGACUGAAUGCAUAG